CGAUCCGCGAGCGACAUACUUUUGGUGCCACUGCAAACGCCACCUGCGCAGCUGGCCAGCGUUAUACCUUCGCUACGACACGUGCUCAGCCCGAGGCACCAACAGCAGGCGACGCAUAACACCAUGAAGCUCUACUUGCUUGCCACCGCAGUGCAUGCGCUCCAGCUCCCCAAGAUCAUGCGGGGCAAAGGCGCGGCGCCGGACUUAGAGAAGUUACGCUUCUUAAGCAAUGACGACGUCAGAAGUGUACAACAGGACUUUGGGACGCCGACGUACGUCUACGACGCCGCCACCCUCAAAGCGAGGGCCGAGGAAGCGUUAGCGUUUCCCAACGCCUACGGUCUCACCGUAAGGUACGCCAUGAAGGCCUGCCCGAACGGCGCCGUGCUCAAGCUCUUCGAGUCCAUGGGGCUCAACUUCGACGCGUCGUCGACGCACGAGGUGAGAAGGGCGAUGCGCGCGGGCGUCCCCGCGUCGAAAUGUUCCCUGAGCACGCAACAGUUGGAUGACGACGCGAUCACGCUCAUGAAAGAACAUUCGUUGGAGAUCAACUGCUGCUCGCUCUCGCAACUCGAUACGAUCGGCAGUGCCUUACCGGGCGCCAAAGUCGGCGUGCGCUUCAACCCCGGCUUGGGCUCCGGCGGCACGGCCAAGACGAACGUCGGCGGCCCGUCGUCGUCCUUUGGGAUUUGGCAUGAACAAUUUGAUGAGGUAGUAGCACUCGCGAAGAAACAUGACUUGGAAGUGAUCCGGGUCCACACGCACAUCGGUUCUGGCUCAGACGCGGAGGUCUGGAAGCGCGUGUCGUCGAUGUCCCUGGACCUUUGUGAAAGACUAGGUGACUCGGUCAAGACCUUAAAUCUAGGGGGAGGCUACAAGGUCGGGCGCAUGGCCUACGAGACGUCUACCAAUUUACAGGAAGUGGGCAAGCCGGUGACGGACAAUUUUAGGGAUUACAAGGAGCGCACGGGCGUGGAGCUCAAGCUCGAGGUCGAGCCCGGGACGUACCUCGUGGCCAACGCCGGCGCUUUGGUGACCAAGGUCCAGGACGUCGCCUGCACGUCCGGCGCCGCCAAAGGUAAUGAUUUCUUGAAGUUGGAUGCGGGCAUGACCGACGUCUUGCGACCCUCGUUAUACGGGUCGCAGCAUCCCCUCGUUGUCGUGCCGUCCGACGCCGCGAAGGAUGCCGAUGAUGCUACGCACGAGUACGUCGUCGUGGGCCACUGCUGCGAGAGCGGCGACCUGCUCACGCCGGCGCCGGACGAGCCCGAGACUCUCGCGCCGCGGCUGCUCAAGUCGUGCGAGCGGGGCGAUCUGCUGGUCGUCGAGAGCGUGGGCGCGUACUGCAGCGCCAUGUCGACGGCGGGCUACAACUCGUUCCCGACGGCGCCCGAGGUCCUCAAGACCACCAAGGGCGGCUUCGUAUCGAUCAGAAGAAGGUCGACGCUCGACCAGCUCCUCCAGAACGAGGUCCAGGUCGACGCGUCGCAGCUCUAGGGUGGGGUAAAUAGCGAAGUUCUUU